UCAACUGGAGUGCUAUAAAACUGGAAGACUCUCUUGUGCAUUCUCUUCCUUUGCUUCCAGUUACCAUCCUAAGAGGAUCAACUGAAGGCAACCAACGGAUCAAACAUCCUAAGAAGAAAGAAUCACACCAGGCCAGAAAAGCCGCUUUUCUGCUUUUUCCAGGAGCCAAGAGAAAAAAUGAAAACUCUGCCACUAUUGGUAUGCAUCUGUUCCCUAAGUGCUUGCUUCUCACUCAGUGAAGCUCAAAAAAAGCAACGGAAAACACAAAAAGAGAAUAAUCUCCAACCAUAUAAAGUAAACCAUGGAUCUCCACCUCAUCCCAAAUUACCAUCUUACUGGAAUCCAUUAAUUAAAAAGCCAUUAUCUUUUGAUCAGAAUAGACUCUCUAAGAUUCUAAAUUCAAAGAGGAGACUCCCCCCAAGGCCAAAACCUUCCUGGCCACCCAAUUAUCCAGUUAAAAAUAACGCUGUGUUUAACAAUAAUACCUCAGAAGCUACCACCCAAUCCCCACCUGUGACUCCCACAUCUACUUCCAUCAAUACCAGUAUCCCUCCAGGUGUGCCUUCUGCUCAGAAUUCUACCACCACAUCUGCAAGAGAAAAUAAUGGCACCACAGGCUCUUCUGCAGCUACACCAGCACCACAACCCUCCACAGCUCCAGGGACCACAGCUGCCCCACCGACACCUUCCCCAGAUGCACCAGCACCACAGCCCUCCACAGCUCCACUAGAGUCCACAGCUGCCCCACCAAUAUCUUCCCCAGAUGCACCAGAACCACAACCCUCCACAGCUCCAGGGACCACAGCUGCCCCACCGACACCUUCCCCAGAUCCACCAGCACCACAGCCCUCCACAGCUCCAGGGACCACAGCAGCCCCACCGACACCUUCCCCAGAUCCACCAGCACCACAACCCUCCACAGCUCCAGGGACCACAGCUACCCCACCGACAUCUUCCCCAGAUGCACCAGAACCACAACCCUCCACAGCUCCAGGGACCACAGCUGCCCCACCGACACCUUCCCCAGAUCCACCAGCACCACAGCCCUCCACAGCUCCACCAGAGUCCACAGCUGCCCCACCAACAUCUUCCCCAGAUGCACCAGAACCACAAACCUCCACAGCUCCAGGGACCACAGCUGCCCCACCAACACCUUCCCCAGAUCCACCAGCACCACAGCCCUCCACAGCUCCAGGGACCACAGCUGCCCCACCAACACCUUCCCCAGAUCCACCAGCACCACAGCCCUCCACAGCUCCACCAGAGUCCACAGCUGCCCCACCAACAUCUUCCCCAGAUGCACCAGAACCACAAGCUCCACAGCUCCAGGGACCACAGCUGCCCCACCAACACCUUCCCCAGAUCCACCAGCACCACAGCCCUCCACAGCUCCACCAGAGUCCACAGCUGUCCCACCAAUAUCUUCCCCAGAUGCACCAGAACCACAACCCUCCACAGCUCCAGGGACCACAGCUGCCCCACCGACACCUUCCCCAGAUGCACCAGAACCACAGCCCUCCACAGUUCCACCAGAGUCCACAGCUGCCCCACCAACAUCUUCCCCAGAUGCACCAGAACCACAACCCUCCACAGCUCCAGGGACCACAGCUGCCCCACCGACACCUUCCAGAUCCGCCAGCACCACAGCCCUCCACAGCUCCACCAGAGUCCACAGCUGCCCCACCAACAUCUUCCCCAGAUGCACCAGAACCACAGCCCUCCACAGCUCCACCAGAGACCACAGCUGCCCCAAAUACAGCACUUAAUCCUUCAACCACUCAGACACCUGAAACUUCCAAAUCUACAGCUAUACCCACAACCCAAACUCCAGUAGCCACUACACAAACUACUACUGUUGAAGAACCAGCUUUAUCUUCUAUUGGAAAAGCAUUUUAUAAAUUCUUCUCAACUGCUAGUGAGCUGUGGGGGGAAGUCUGGGAUGUUGUAAGAAAGCACUAGUACAUCAUACAUUGUGAAGUGUUCUGCCAUUAUAUACAACUUGUGAGUACAGAACGACCAUUUUAAUUUUAUCACCAAUCUCAAAGUGAAAUCAUAAUAUUACUCAAAUUUAAAGCACUAUCACUAAUCUUUCACCUCACAAGACCUAUUAACAAGAAAAACCACUUCUAUCUCACAAAGCAGGUGCCUGACCAUGAUUUAAGAUGACUUUGUGGAACCUACAGAGAGCCCACUAAGGGAAGAGGAAGCCAUUAGGUAAAGAGAGAAAAAUGUUUAGAUUAGCAAUCAUUUACUCUUCCCCAAAUGUUGGUAACUGUAAGGGGAAGUUGCCUUCAUAUAUACCACCAGUCCAAAAACCACCUAAUUCCACAAAUAUAAAGGGAUAAAAUUAGGUUUAUCCAAAUGAACAAAAACCUCAAAAUAUCUAUAGUCUUAUCAUUGUAUUACUGAAUAGUGACAAAGACCCUUUAAAUCAUCUUAAAACUUUAAAUGAAAUUCCAUUCCAAAACAUGAGAGCCAAGAAGGGGAUAGCUGAUAUCAAAAGAAGAUUUGAAGUGAUUAAAAAUGAAAUCUGACAACCAAGCACAAACCAGGACUCUGGAACUACAUUUUUGAAAGCAUGUAAUUAUUUAGAGUUUCAUGAUUGACAUUAUAUUAUACAGUUAAGAUCUGGUGUGCUUAAUUCUAGCCUCUGUGAACCAAAGAGACUUUUUUCAUGUUUACAUGGUGCUCAUAACAUUUUACUAUUAAUUCAGUUAAUUCAGUUUACUACUAAUUUGGUUAAUUCACAGUAAUUCAAUGUGAAAUGUAUUCAACAGUAAUAUUUUCUAAAACUUGUAUCCAUACAUUUGAAUGUGUUUCCAAGUAAACCAUAUUAAACUACUGCCCUGAUGUCAAGUUUGCAAAGUUGUCUCUGAAAAUAAACACUGAUUCUACUUGUAAAAGAAUUAAACCUACCUACUUAAUAUAGAGAGAUGAUGUUAAUUUGGGGAUGUGAAGGCAUUUUUAUUCUCUGUCACUGCUACUAAGAAUUCUGGUGAUUGUAUUUAGAUAUUCUGCCAAAUAAUAAAUACUUCAUAUGACAACCUA